AUGAUCACGUUUGUGACGGGAAAUAAAAACAAGCUUGCGGAGGUGCAAGCGAUUUUGGGGGACGCUAUCACCAGCCAAAAUAUCGACCUUGAUGAGCUGCAGGGAACCUACAAUCAGAUCAUUACGCACAAACUUCAGCAGGCUGCCGAGAUAGUAAAAGGACCGGUAAUGGUUGAAGAUACGGCGCUGGAGUUUGACGCCCUGGGACAGGAAUUACCGGGACCGUACAUCAAGUGGUUUUUGAAGCAACUGGGGCCUGAAAAGCUGCCCCGCAUGCUUGACGGCUUCGACAACCGCCAGGGCAGUGCUGUAUGCACGGUGGGUUAUUGCGACGGACCAGAAUCCCAGGUGCACAUCUUCCAGGGUAAAACUGCCGGCACAAUUGUUGAUCCGCGAGGCCCUCAGACUUUCGGUUGGGAUGCUUGUUUCGAACCUCUGGGCUACACGGAAACUUAUGCCGAGAUGGCUAAACCAGAGAAGAACAAAAUCAGCCACCGCGGCAAGGCAAUGGACAAAUUUAAGCAAUUUUUAUCCGAGCGUAACAGCUGGAACAGUUUAUAG